CCUCCACCCCCCCAUACCCUUCCGCCAACCCCUCCUCCGGUUGCGCCGCCAGUGCGCCUCCUCCCCUUCCUGAACCACCAAUGGGGAGCACCUAUUAGAAAAUUAUUACCCUCCGUUGCAGCACUUCAUUCUCUCGCACCGACAGUAGGCGGUAUAGCAAAAAAGGGGGCAUGUGGAGUGAACCCAGUCUCCUCCGAGGCUGGCGGACAAGACCGAGCAGGCAGCUGUCUGUGUGAUGCUGCUGCUGUUGGUGCAACACAUCUGGAAGCGAUGCAGGAGACGCGGUGCAGCAGGCACUAAAGAAGGAAGGCGGUGUAGCCUGUAAGGAGGAGAAGACCAGACACGCUACUACAACACCUCCUGACAGGGAACCGCUGACUGGGAGAGAGGGGGAGACAAGAAACAGCCCAUGGUGGAGAAGCUGAGGAGAAGGAGGGGAGACAGCCGACAAGCACAGGGAUUAGGAGACUGAACCCCGCGAUCGUCCAGUUUCAGCACGACCAAAGGAGACCCCCUCCAGCCUCGAGUCGCUGUUUGGGGAAGGGGGGAACACAAAAACCAAAGUGGUGAUGGAUCUGCAUUCAGUUCCAAAGAACAAAGUGAGCAGAAAUUCAGUCAUGGCAAGGCUCAUCCUUUCCCUCCUCCUCCUGUGUGGAUGCCAGAUGAGUCUCUGCGCAUCCUCCUCGGAGGCUCAGAAGGAGACAGCCACCAACGACAACAGCACAGUUUUCACCAGGAUCCUGGAUGGGCUCCUUGACGGUUACGACAACAGGCUCCGGCCAGGGCUUGGAGAGAAUGUCACAGAGAUCCAGACGAAUAUUUUUGUCACCAGCUUUGGCCCUGUGUCCGACACGGAGAUGGAAUACACCAUAGACGUGUUCUUCCGUCAGAGCUGGAAGGAUGAGCGUCUGUGCUUCAAAGGGCCCAUGAAGAUGCUGGCUUUGAACAACCUGCUCGCCAGCAACAUCUGGACCCCUGAUACCUUCUUCCUUAACGGCAAGAAGUCUAUUGCUCACAACAUGACAACGCCCAACAAGUUGCUGAGGCUGAAGGAUGAUGGCACUUUGCUGUACACUAUGAGACUGACCAUAUCAGCAGAAUGCCCCAUGCAGCUGGAGGAUUUCCCCAUGGAUGCACACGCCUGCCCUCUCAAGUUUGGCAGCUAUGCCUAUCCGGUGUCAGAAGUGGUCUACACUUGGACUCAGGGGUUUGCCAAGUCUGUGGCGGUGGCAGAGGAUGGCUCCAGACUCAACCAGUACCAUCUUAUUGGGCAAACUGCCGGCACAGAGAACAUACACACAAGCAGAGGACAGUAUACAGUGAUGAUGGCCCAUUUCUACCUGAAGAGGAAGAUUGGAUAUUUUGUCAUCCAGACGUAUAUGCCCUGUUUCAUGACUGUAAUCCUGUCCCAGGUGUCGUUUUGGCUAAACAGAGAAUCAGUUCCUGCAAGGACAGUUUUUGGGGUGACCACUGUGCUGACCAUGACCACCCUCAGCAUCAGCGCCAGGAACUCGCUCCCUAAAGUGGCCUACGCUACAGCUAUGGAUUGGUUCAUUGCUGUCUGCUACGCGUUCGUCUUUUCUGCCCUCAUCGAGUUCGCCACGGUGAACUACUUCACCAAGAGGAGCUGGGCCUGGGAUGGCAAGAAGGCAAUGGAAGCACAGCACCCCAAGAAAAGAGACCCCAUGGUGCUGUCGAAAAAGCCUAACAACGUUUGCUCAGCGGCCGUCAACUACACCCCCAACCCCACCAAGGACGUGUCCAUCUCCACCAUCUCCAACACGACAUCAGUGCAGCUGCGGGCAUCUGAGUCUAAGAUGGUGGACCCGAAGAAGACCUACAACAGCGUCAGCAAGAUAGACAAGAUGUCUCGAAUAGUGUUUCCUGUCCUCUUUGGAACCUUCAACCUUGUCUACUGGGCCACGUAUCUUAACAGAGAACCGGUGGUGAAAGGAGUGGUCACGUCAACGUAAUCUUUCUUUCUUUUUUCUUUUUUUUUUUCCUGAAACAAAGAGUUUGUUUAAGAGGGGGAGUUUGAGCCUAAGUUGAGAGUGGGAAGACUAAAAGGAAAGGGGUUGACAAAAAAAAAGAAAUAAUAAUAUAAAAUGAAAAACAAAUAUCUGCGCUUGAAGAACAAAAACUAUCCUCAGCUAUCUAAAUCAAGCACUUUGAGUGGAUGCAAAGGCUGCAACAGAAUCCCUUUCCUGUUUUACAUGGCCUAAAAAAACUGCUUGAUUACAGAGAAACCUGCUUCUGAGACUGUGUCGACAAGAGAGCGGGUGCUUUGCUUCUUUCUUAUCUAUCCUGCUGCAGUUUGCAUGACGCUCUCCGCAAAAGGGAAACAUGGACCCCUCUUCAUCUUGAUUACCAACCAUGUAUAUGUCAAUCACCGCUUUAAGUAUGGGAGCACACUUCAUCACAACUACUUGGGGAAAGAUUUUAAAUUAAACUGAUUUAGGCAUUUUGAGCAGUUUUGCCCGAAUUUAAUCGCUUCAUAUUCUUAUCAUGAAGGCUUGAAAUGCACUGAGCUUAUGCUGUGGGGAAAGAAAACCCUGCAAUAUAACAUGCAUUUGAAUUAAAAAAUAUAAUGUACCUAAUUCCACACUGCGUGGAAGAAACGUCAACACUAAUGCUGCAAGUGCAUUAAUAAUUUAGCUUCAUGUUUCUUUUUUUUAAAAAAAAAACAAAAAAAAAACAUUUGCUUUUUUUUCUCCUACUGCAGUAGGUGCUUGUGUGUCUCUUUGUACAUGUUUCUACUUGAAGAUUCAAAGCCUUCUGCUGCAGCCUGGUUUCCCAAAAGCAUUAGCAGUCACAGUCUCAAUAGGAAAUGACAAAAAAAAAAAAAAAAAAGAAUGAAUGCUACCUGAAGGUGAAGAAAAAACAUACUGAGGCAGAUUAUGAUUGCAAAGGUCUCUGAAUUUUUAAAAAGAAAAGAUGCUUCUUCACUCGUUAAAAAUUAAAAAAAGUGACAUUUAGAGCGGUUUUGCCAACAAGAAUAUCUGAAAAAACGUCUUUGGCCCACUUACACUGGCUGACUUGGCCGCUGUGGUUGGUGCGUUUGGGACAAAUUUAGGAUUGGGUGUAUGUGCUUGAGCUGAAUUUUGAGCGUGGGUCACUCAGCUAGGAAACUAAUAUUCACAGUCGAGAGACGAGUGCUCGAAACCAGUGUGUCACAUACAAAACAUUCAGUGAGAUGACCACAGCCCAAACCCGUAUUUAGGCAAGUAUUAACACUUGACUGACCAGUUCCUCACUACUAUAUAUUUUCAGCCCAUUACUACACUCACUAAAAAGCUCUUGGCCUUCUUUUGCUCCACAACAUUUCUACAGAAACACGGCCUCUCAGAGUUAGCUUGAGGGCAGCGCUGAAAAUAAGUCAGUCGUUAUUUCAGUUAAACUAUCUAGCUUGCAUUAGCCAAGCAUCAGUCUAAAAUAUAUUUCAUGAAAC